UAGCAAUUGCAUAGCCUGGUUUAUUAUUAGACAGACAGAGCAGAACGACAGACGGAAAAGAGAAACUGCAGAAACGCUAAAAAACAACACGGAAAAAGAGGGCGAGAGAGAGAGAGAGAGGAAAUAUGCAGCGCAGAGCUGAGGAGGGGAGAUGGUUUUGCUUUUGCAGAGGAAACUGGAAACUGGAAACUGGAAACUGAGAAAUUCAUCACCUGUCAUGAGCUGCUUCUGCUGCUGCUCUACUUUGUUUUUCUUGUCAAUCUUUAACUGCUUCUUCUGAUUUGUUUCUGAAUCAUCUAUCUUUUGGUAUGGCGGAAAUGUACGACCACCACACCUGCUCUUCACCCCCACCUCAUCCGCCGGCUCCUGCUGCUCCUCCUCCUCGUCCCUCGCUCGUUGAAUCAGACGAAAUCUCGCUUUUUCUCCAUCAUCUCCUUCACUCUUCAUCCUCUCCUUCCGUCUCCACCGACAGAGCUAAACAAAUGCAUUUCUCUUCUCCUGCUCCUCUUCCACCUUUGUUCUCUUCGUCCUCGCAAACUACAUCCACCGCAAGAUUCUACGAGUCUCUGCCGGAGAGUCAUCUCCGACCAUGCGGAUCAGCUCUUGUCCCCGAUUCCGACUGCCGGGUCAGGGAUGGAAGCUCCACGGCCGAGUCCUCCGUCGCUGUCGGUUCUUCUUCCUUGAUCCUCUCUUCUUCUGGUUUUAAUUUGAAGGAGACCGCCAGUACAACUACUUCUGCUGGAGCUGGUGGUGACUGUGAUGCUGAGGCAACGGGAUCACUGAAGAGGAGAAAGGUCCCCACGGAUAAUGAUCUCGACGAUUAUGAUUGCGAAAGUGAGGAGGGUCUUGAGGCGCCUGAUGCACCGUCAAAGUCAGCUCCAACUCGUUCUUCUUCGAAGAGAAGCAGAGCUGCUGAAGUUCAUAAUUUGUCCGAAAAGAGGCGGCGGAGUAGGAUUAAUGAGAAAAUGAAAGCCUUGCAGAACCUAAUUCCCAAUUCUAACAAGACGGACAAGGCCUCGAUGUUGGAUGAAGCCAUUGAAUAUCUAAAGCAACUUCAGCUCCAAGUACAGAUGUUGUCAAUGAGAAAUGGAUUGAGUUUACAUCCCAUGUACGUACCUGGAGUAUUGCAGUCUAUGCAGUUGCCACAAAUGCAAAUGGGCUUUGGGGAUGGAGAGAGACCACUGCAUAUGUCCAUGGGAACAGGCACACUGCCUGUGAACGAGGAAACCUCAACACAAACUACAUAUAGUCUGUCCAAUCAACAUCCAACUUUGCAAAAACCAGUAGUCUUACCCAAUAUGACGAAUAUAACUAAUUCAGAAACCUCAUUUGGGAUGGAAUUACCAGUUCAGACACACCAUGGACCAUUUCAGCUCUCUACAGCGUCUGAGGGAAGGCUUAUUACCUCAACAACGGCUAGAUAUGAGGCACUCUGUGAGGAACUCAUCAGAAAACAAGGAACCCAUGACAACAGCAACUCUGCCUUUUGAUGCACAAGCAUCAGUUCUGCUGGAACCCAACUCUCUGGAAGCUUGCAUUUUGCACACAGAAGGAUCACAAGAUGUGCUCCCCGAGGAUGUAAAUAAUACUCAGAUUCUCAUUCAACAUAUGCGUGGGUAAGAUAUCAUCAAUCAUAUAUUGUUUUGUCUAACAUCAUGAACAUUCUUACUCUUGCAUGAUUGGUUUUCUUCCAGCCUAGAGACUGGUAGAGGUGUGUCCGAGGAAAACAAGACGACCCCAGAUUACUGAAGUUUUGCCAUGUCAGACUCAUCGAUAAUAGAUCAGGUUUUGAUGUAUUUUAACUUAAUCAGGAAGCAAUCUUUCACUGUGUUGGAAUGAGAUUCAGUGCUCAUCCCUCAGAGGUUUGCGCAUUUCGCCAUAGAAUAGAUGAUAGAAUAUAGGGAUUGUUCAUGUAUACUGACGAUUCUUUCUGUUGGGGCAACAUUUUCUCCUGAAGUUGACUGUCAAUAACAAUACUGCAAAGAGCCAAGAACAUGGCCACCCCUACUCCCGUGGGAAACUUGAAUC